CAGGUUUUCACAAUAGUAACUGUUAUUGGACAUACUGUGAUUCCUCUUUGUUGGUGCCUGAUGGAAAGCAAGUCACAAAGUGCUUAUGUUUCUGUUCUCACUCUUUUGAGAACACACCUUGUUCAAUGGGCCUUUACCACUGUUGUGUCAGAUUAUGAGGAUGCUAUUAUCAAUUCAUUUAGAGUUGUGUUCAAUGUUUAUGUCCAAGGAUGUCUUUUUCAUUCUUGUUCUGUAAGUAUGCGUUCUUUGUAACAAGUGUAUUGUUUUUCUCACCCUCUGCCACUUAUGAUCUCUGAUGAUUUGCUUGUCUGUUUUCAGGCUAAGAUUAAAUAUGCAAAACAAACAAUUGGUGUCUACAUAAUAUCUAUCUGUCCGGAAGUCAAAAGUGUGAUUCGAUUUUGUUGCGCAUUACCUCUACUUCCACCUCAUCUUCUGCAGCGGGGAUUAGAUGCCAUUGGCACUGAAGCCUUAAAUUUGGGUGAUCCUGUGUUUUACGAAGUUGUGCGCCCUUUCCUUACUUACAUACAGCAUGAAUGGUUGGAUCACAUAAACAGAGGUCAAUGCAUUUCUGUAUGCUUAAGCGAACAUCGCACCAACAAUGCUAGUGAGUCGAACAAUAUGCGAAUGCAGAGGAAGUUUGGAGUUCACCACCCAAAUGCAUUCCAGUUCAUUCGACAUGUUUCAGGUUUUGAAGAUGAUACUGUCGAUGACAUAUGCAGUCUGUCCCAAGGAAUAGUCCCCUCCAGGCACAGAACUUCAGCAUCCAUAAGCAAUGAUGUACACAUAAGAAGAAUCACAAAUGAAUUACUUGCACUGCAUAAUCCCACCCAUGAAGACAUCCUGCGCUUUCUGUCUGCAGCGUCCUUUUCUGUUGAUGGUAUUAUCAGUGAAGCACUUAACCCAGGUGCAGGGUAUUAUGAGUAGUUAUGUACAGAUGCUGCUGAAUUGCAAUAUGAUAGAG